UCCGUGUGUGGAGGAGUGACCCGGGGAUUUCAUGAUUACCGCAUGACGGGGAAAAGCCUGGGGACUGCGCGGGUCGGAGGGUUGUCCUUGAAGCGAAUACCGGCUGGAUUGUGAGACAGAGUCGUGCCUCGUAUAGAUAUAGAUAUACAUACAUUUUCUUUAUUUUUGCCAGUUAGAUUGGAGGAGAAUCUGGUGCGAUUCCACGAUGCCGGUGUUUCACACGAAAACCAUUGAGAGUAUCCUGGAGCCGGUGGCUCAGCAGAUAUCUCACCUGGUCAUCAUGCACGAGGAGGGAGAAGUUGAUGGCAAGGCGAUUCCCGAUCUCAGUGCGCCCGUGGCGGCUGUGCAGGCAGCUGUCUGCAACCUAGUGCGGGUGGGGAAGGAAACAGUUCAGACCACAGAAGACCAGAUUAUGAAGAGAGACAUGCCUCCGGCCUUUAUUAAGGUGGAGAAUGCUUGUGCCAAGCUGGUAGAAGCAGCUCGGAUGCUGAGGACAGAUCCGUAUUCAGUCCCUGCUCGAGAUUACCUAAUUGAUGGGUCUCGAGGAAUCCUCUCAGGCACAUCUGACCUGUUACUUACCUUUGAUGAGGCAGAGGUGCGUAAGAUCAUCCGUGUCUGUAAAGGCAUCUUGGAGUACUUGACAGUAGCAGAAGUGGUGGAGAGCAUGGAGGACUUGGUCACUUAUACCAAAAACCUGGGACCAGGGAUGACGAAAAUGGCAAAGAUGAUCGAUGAAAGGCAGCAGGAGCUGACACAUCAGGAGCACCGCAUGAUGUUGGUCAACUCCAUGAACACAGUGAAGGAGCUGCUGCCUGUGCUCAUAUCAGCUGUAAAAAUCUUUGUAACCACUAAGUGUGCCAAGAGUCAUGGCGUGGAUGAAGCCAUGAAGAACAGGAACUACACCUUUGAGAAGAUGAGUGCUGAGAUCAAUGAGAUCAUCCGAGUGCUGCAGCUCACUUCUUGGGAUGAAGACGCAUGGGCCAACAAAGACACAGAAGCGAUGAAGAGAUCACUGGCGCUGAUUGAGGCAAAGAUGAAUCAGGCUAAAGCCUGGCUCAGGGACCCUAAUGGUUUACCAGGGACGGCAGGUGAACAUGCUUUGCGUCAGAUUUUGGAUGAGGCAGGGAAAGUGGGAGAGCUGUGUGCCGGGAAGGAGAGGAGGGAGAUUCUGGGAACGACUAAGACGUUGGGACAGAUGACUGAUCAGGUGUCUGACAUGCGUGUCAGAGGUCAGGGGCCUACCCCCCUGGGCAUGCAGAAGGCUCAGCAGGUGGGCCAGGGUUUGGACAUCCUAGUGGGGAAAGUGGAGAAUGCUGCUCGCAAACUGGAGGCCCUGAGUAAUGCUAAGCUGGCUAUUGCAAAGAGGAUAGACGCUGCUCAGAGCUGGCUGGCUGAUCCUCAUGGAGGUCCUGAAGGAGAGGAAAAUAUCAGAGCUCUGUUAGCCGAAGCCAAACGCAUCGCUGAUCUUUGUGAGGACCCCAAAGAGCGAGACGACAUUCUGCGCUCUGUUAGUGAGAUCGCUGGCCUCACCGCCAAACUCGGCGAACUUCGCAGACAAGGUAAAGGUGAUACUCCUGAAGCCAGACUGCUAGCCAAACAGAUCGGCACUGCUCUACAGAACCUGCAGGCCAAAACUAACCGUGCUGUUGCCAACAUGCGGCCAGCCAAGGCUGCUGUGACCCUGGAGGGCAAGAUGGAGCAGGCUCAGCGCUGGAUCAAUAACCCCAAUGUUGAUGACCGUGGAGUGGGUCAGGCUGCCAUCCGUGGGCUGAUAGCAGAAGGCCGCAGGCUGGCUAAUUCUCUGCCAGGGCCGUACAGGCAGGAGCUGCUGGCGAAGUGUGAGCGUGCGGAGCAGCUGAUGCUGCAGCUGUGUGACCUGGCUGCUCGGGGAGAGGGAGAAAGUCCCCAGGGUCGGGCCGUGGCUGCUCAGCUUCUUGAUGCUCUUAAAGAUUUGAAAGCGAAGAUGCAGGAGGCAAUGACUCAGGAGGUGUCUGAUGUUUUUAGUGACACAACAACUCCCAUAAAGCUUCUGGCUGUGGCAGCUACGGCCCCACCUGAGGCCCCCAACCGGGAGGAGGUCUUUGAUGAAAGAGCAUCUAAUUUUGAGAAUCAUGCUAACAGGCUGGGGGCUACAGCAGAGAAAGCCGCUGCUGUAGGAACAGCCAAUAAGAGCACAGUGGAAGGGAUCCAGGCCACAGUAAAGUCUGCCAGAGAGUUAACACCUCAGGUUACUUCUGCUGCACGAAUUUUGCUAAAGAACCCUGGCAACCAGGCAGCAUAUGAACAUUUUGAGACUAUGAAAAACCAGUGGAUUGACAACAUUGAAAAAAUGACUGGUUUGGUAGAUGAGGCUAUUGACACUAAAUCCCUCCUGGAUGCUUCAGAAGAAGCCAUCAAAAAAGACAUUGAUAAGUGCCGUGUGGCUAUGGCGAAUGUCCAACCCCAGAUGCUGGUAGCUGGAGCCACUAGUAUUGCCAGACGGGCAAAUCGUAUUCUCCUGGUGGCUAAGAGAGAAGUGGAGAAUUCAGAGGACCCUAAAUUUAGAGAGAUGGUAAAAGCAGCCUCUGACGAACUGAGCAAAACAAUUUCGCCCAUGGUCAUGGAUGCCAAGGCUGUAGCAGGAAACAUCCAGAAUCCAGCUCUUCAGAAAAGCUUUUUGGACUCAGCAUACAGAAUUCUAUCUGCAGUAGGAAGAGUCAGAGAAGCCUUCCAGCCUCAGGAACCUGACUUCCCUCCUCCUCCUCCAGAUCUGGAUCAGUUACAUGUAAAUGAUGAACAGGCUCCUCCUAAACCACCACUCCCAGAAGGAGAAGUGCCUCCCCCCAGACCUCCACCUCCUGAGGAGAAGGACGAGGAGUUCCCCGAGCAGAAAGCCGGCGAGAUGGUGAGCGAGCCGAUGAUGGUGGCCGCUAGGCAGCUACACGACGAAGCCCGCAAGUGGUCUAGUAAGCCCGAAGCGAGAGACGAGCGUUUUCUGACCGCUGCGGCGGACGUAGAUAUAGACGAUGAGGACGAGUUCACAGACAACGAGGACGAUUUCGAGCCUGAACUGCUCUUAAUGCCCUCCAAUCAGCCUGUUAACCAGCCCAUUCUGGCUGCUGCCCAGGCCUUGCACCAGGAAGCUCGCAAGUGGUCCAGUAAGGGUAAUGAUAUUAUUGCAGCAGCUAAGCGAAUGGCCUUGCUGAUGGCUGAGAUGUCACGUCUGGUGCGUGGAGGCAGCGGCAACAAGCGUGCACUGAUCCAGUGUGCUAAAGACAUCGCCAAGGCCUCAGAUGAGGUCACACGGCUGGCUAAAGAGGUGGCUAAGCAGUGUACUGACAAACGCAUUCGUACCAACCUACUGCAGGUGUGUGAGCGGAUCCCUACCAUCAGCACUCAGUUGAAGAUUCUGUCCACGGUGAAGGCUACUAUGCUGGGACGCACUAACAUCAGCGAGGAAGAAUCCGAGCAGGCUACUGAGAUGCUGGUCCACAACGCACAGAACCUGAUGCAGUCAGUGAAGGAGACGGUGAGAGAGGCUGAGGCAGCCUCCAUUAAAAUCCGUACAGAUGCAGGCUUCACUCUACGCUGGGUCCGAAAGACCCCCUGGUACCAGUAAACCACCGGUUCCUUUCUUCAUGUUCUUAGUCUUGCCUUUUAGAACACUAAGACUAGUGGCCUAAAGGGGUGUGAAACUGAAAGGACAUGCUACGCUGAUGGACACUGAUCAUAAUCAUUAUGAGCUCAUGCCUCACUCUUUUUGCUUUGUGAAGGAAUUCUUAUUUUUUUGUGGUUAUGUUUCUUAAGGUUUGCGUUUGUCCCUUUAUCUCUCACUAUGUUUAAAAAUUAGGACUAUAUAGGAUGAAGAUUUUUUUAAAUAUAUAUUUUUGGUAUGUUGGGUUUUCAGAAUUGAUCCAAAUUUCAGGUAUAUAUAUAUUUUUUGCAUGAAGAAUUUUUUUUUUUCUAUUUUGUAUCGAAGGACUUUGGGUCAACCCAGUAAAUGCCUCUCGCACGAGGUUAUAUGGUUUUCAUAUUGAGAGUGUAUAUAUUUAUAUUUCUUAAUGCUGUCGACACCUGAUUACUAAUUAUACAUUUCAGUCAAUGAAAAGAGUUCACUUACACACUCGGGCUGAUUGUAUGAGGUAUUCAUUCACCUAUUAAUGAAGCUUUGUUAUUUAGCGUAUAUUCACAGAAAGAAGGAUAUGAAUGAUGCAACGAUUAUAUAUAUAUAUAUAUAUAUAUAUAUAUAUAUAUAUAUAUAUAUAUAUAUAUAUAUAUUUUUGCUGGUUGCCUCACAUAUUGACGCCAAAGAUUCUGGUAUAGUUCUAUAAUCUUAACACUUGUCUGUUAAAAUAAAUAUAACUUUAAUGUAUUUGAGUUUUACUGAACUUGAACUUGGGUUUGGGUCAUGUUAAAAUAACGUCACUCAGCGCUCACCACUUUAAAUCAAACCAAAUCAAAUUUUAUUUGUCACAUACACAUACAUACAGAUACAUACUUGUGCGUGUGUGUUUGUGUGUGUUUACUAAUCAGUGUAGAAAAUGAUUGUGAAAUGGUUUAGAAUGCUAAAAUGAAUCUCUAAUGCACAAUCCACACGACAGUUAAUCUGUUAUUUUUGGUCCACAUCAGAUAAAUAUCAGCGUCGGUAUUAUUGAGCAAAAGAAUUGAAAUAAUCUGUACUCUUGACCUGGCUCUGUGUGGUUAACAUCACUAAGUUCAAAUUGAUUUUAAUUUUAUACAUAACUACCUCUAUAUUUCUAUAUAAAGAAGUAUAAAUGUAAAGCUAUUAAAAAAAUGCAGCCUAUCACACAAUACAGGUGUUUGGACAAAGGUGCUUAAGCAGCUGUUCUUCAUUUAUACAUUUUUUUGCUGAAUGAACAAAAAAAAUGUAAAAGCCAGAAUACUCGUUCAUUCAGUUGUUCAAAAUAUACACCAUGCCAAUCUAUUAACAUAGUCCCUAAAAUCAGAUUUUUAUAAUGAUUUAAUCAAUCUACUAUAAUUUAUGAUCAUCAGGAUCACUUCUGUUAGAAAUGCUAAGUAAUAAAUAAUAAUAAUAAAAACAAUGGGACUAUGCCACGUGACAAAAUCCGCCCUAAGAAAGUCCUUUAUUAUAACAAGAAGCCCCGAAGUGUUUUGUUUGUUCUUAUACCACACAAUUUGCUAAUUAAUAAAGCUUUUUUUAUACAUUUAAAGUUACAUUAGAUGUUGCACGAGAAAAGUUAGUUCUUAUAUCACUGAUUAUUUUGAUAAUUGUUACAGCCAACUUUUUUCUUGAACAACAAAAGAAGACUUUCCACAUUACUGAGAAAAAGCACAAAGAUUCACACACUGCAGAAAACCAACUUACUGCUUUAACGCAGUUAAGACUCCUUCCAGAAAGCUGUAAAAGAUCAGCAAUUCUAAUCAGGCUUUGAGUAGGUCACUUAUCCACCAUACAGGUUCCUAAAAGAGCGAUUGCUGUAGAAACUAUAAUAUUUGAAUGAGCACAUUAAUUGAAACUACUAUCAGAGCUGUAAAAUAUGACGCAUUCGGACCAAUCAGCGUUGCGUUAAAAUUAUUAUUAUAGUUGAACUCAAGUCAACUGAAAAGUGAUCUAGUUUAAAAUGAAUGCUCGACCUUGUUUACACAGCUGAUGGACUUUGGACUGAUACUGCUGUUCCUAUGAUGCUUUUGUGUAUGCUGCUUUUUUCCCCCACUACCAUUACAUUUCUUACUGAUCAACAAGAUCUAAAAAUGUUAAUUUUUUGGGGGGAAAAGCCUUGAGUUUUUGUUCGAACCCCAAAUCCAAAACUGAGGCGCCCUUUUGAAUGUGUUUGGAAAACAUAGGUAAGGAUUCUAUAAGACACAGGUGGCUUGUUCACACAUGAAGAGGAAGAUGCACUGCCUAGAUAUUACACUUAUUUCUAGAAUAAGUUUCGAGAACAUGAUCGGUGCCUCAUUGCGAGUGUUUACACGGUUACAUUUUGUAUGUUUGUAAUAGCAUGUUUCAGCUCAAGAUACGAUGUAUGAAUGUAUAGAUGACACUACUGUUGGUUUGGGUUUUAGUGUCCCCUGCUGUGCCUCUGAUUAAUAAAAUCAUUCUUGACUUGAA